AUGGAGAAUCGAGCUCUGGACUCAGGGACUCGGGACUCCUAUGGUGCCACCAGCCAUCUCCCUAACAAGGGGGCCCUGGCAAAAGCCAAGAACAACUUCAAAGACCUGAUGUCCAAGCUGACGGAGGGCCAGUAUGUGCUGUGCCGGUGGACAGAUGGACUGUAUUAUCUUGGGAAGAUCAAGAGGGUCAGCAGUUCUAAGCAGAGCUGCCUGGUAACUUUUGAAGAUAAUUCCAAAUACUGGGUCUUAUGGAAGGACAUACAGCAUGCUGGUGUUCCAGGGGAGGAGCCCAAAUGCAACAUCUGCCUGGGGAAGACAUCAGGGCCCCUGAACGAGAUCCUCAUCUGUGGGAAGUGCGGCCUGGGUUACCACCAGCAGUGCCACAUCCCCAUCGCGGGCAGUGCCGACCGGCCCCUGCUCACACCUUGGUUCUGCCGACGCUGCAUCUUCGCGCUGGCUGUGCGGAAAGGCGGCGCGCUAAAGAAGGGCGCCAUCGCCAGGACGCUGCAGGCCGUGAAGAUGGUGCUGUCCUACCAGCCGGAGGAGCUCGAGUGGGACUCCCCGCACCGCACCAACCAGCAGCAAUGCUACUGCUACUGCGGCGGGCCUGGAGAGUGGUACCUGCGGAUGCUGCAGUGUUACCGCUGCAGGCAGUGGUUCCACGAGGCCUGCACCCAGUGUCUCAACGAGCCCAUGAUGUUCGGGGACCGGUUCUACCUGUUCUUCUGUUCCGUGUGCAACCAGGGCCCCGAGUACAUUGAGAGGCUGCCCCUGCGAUGGGUCGAUGUGGUCCACCUGGCUCUCUACAACCUGGGCGUGCAGAGCAAGAAGAAGUACUUUGACUUUGAGGAGAUUCUGGCCUUCGUCAACCAUCACUGGGAACUCCUGCAGCUUGGCAAGCUCACCAGCACCCCUGUGACGGACCGAGGACCGCAUCUCCUCAAUGCACUGAACAGUUACAAGAGCCGGUUCCUCUGCGGCAAGGAGAUCAAGAAGAAGAAGUGCAUCUUCCGCCUGCGCAUCCGCGUCCCGCCCAACCCGCCCGGGAAGCUGCUGCCCGACAAGGGUCUGGCGCCCCCCGAGCACGGCGCCGCCUCCGAGCUGCGCAAGAGAGGGAAGAGCAAGCCCGGUCUGUUGCCUCAUGAAUUCCAGCAGCAGAAAAGGCGAGUGUAUAGAAGAAAAAGAUCAAAGUUUUUGCUGGAAGAUGCUAUUCCCAGUAGCGACUUCACCUCGGCCUGGAGCACCAACCACCACCUGGCCAGCAUAUUUGACUUUACGCUGGACGAGAUCCAGAGUUUAAAAAGCGCCAGCUCGGGCCAGACCUUCUUCUCGGACGUGGACUCCACCGAUGCCGCCAGCACAUCUGGCUCCGCUUCCACCAGCCUCUCCUACGACUCCAGACGGACGGUGGGCAGCCGCAAGAGGAAGCUGGCAGCCAAAGCGUACGUGCCGCUGCGGGCCAAGCGCCGGGCAGCCGAGCCGGGCGGACGCUGCGCCUCGGACAGCAGCGCAGAGGGGGCCUCGGGCCCCGAGCGGCCGGACGAGGGCGUCGACAGCCACACGUUUGAGAGCAUCAGUGAGGAUGACUCGUCCCUGUCCCACCUCAAGUCGUCCAUCACCAACUAUUUUGGCGCAGCUGGGCGGCUAGCCUGUGGGGAGAAGUACCAAGUGCUGGCUCGUAGGGUCACGCCAGAGGGCAAGGUUCAGUACCUGGUGGAGUGGGAAGGGACCACCCCUUACUGA